AUGGAAAGUUGCCUGCGCGAGGAGCUGGACCCCCCAAUGGAGCUGGAGGAGAGCCUGCGCAACGGCGUCAUCCUCGCCAAGCUGGGCCACUGCUUCGCCCCGGAGCUCGUGCCCCUGAAGAAGAUCUACGACCGCGAGCAGCUGCGCUACAAGGCAAGCGGGCUCCACUUUCGGCACACGGAUAACAUCAACCACUGGCGCGAUGCCAUGAGCCACGUGGGACUUCCCUCGAUUUUCCACCCAGAGACCACCGAUGUCUAUGACAAGAAGAACAUGCCCCGUGUAGUCUACUGCAUCCACGCGCUCAGCUUGUACCUGUUCAAGUUGGGGCUGGCACCACAGAUCCAGGAUUUGUACGGGAAAGUGGACUUCACAGAGGAGGAGAUCAACAACAUGAGACGGGAGCUGGAAAAGUAUGGCCUACAGCUGCCCUCCUUCAGCAAGAUCGGCGGCCUCCUGGCCAAUGAGCUCUCGGUGGACGAGGCAGCAGUGCAUGCAGCUGUGCUGGCCAUUAACGAAGCACUGGAGAGGGGGAUGGUGGAGCAGACCAUGGAGGCGCUGCGCAACCCCAAUGCUAUGCUGCUCAACCUGCGAGAGCCCGCGGCAGCCGCCUACCAGGAGCUGCUCCUCCAGGCAAAGCUGGAGAAGGCCAGCAAUGCCAGGAACAGGGUACUGGAGACAAUCCCAGAUGGGGAGGACGUCUAUGACCGGUGUCUGACGCAGGCUGAAAUACAAGGGAACAUCAACAAAGUGAAUGUCCAUGGAGCUUUGGAGCAAGUGGAUGAUGCCCUGGAGAACCAGGAUGCCUGGGAACUGUACCAGGCACUGCAGGACCCAGUCCUGGCUCUGCGCAGUCUGCAGCAUGACAACCUUGACUGCUAUUUGGAGCAGCUCGUCAUGGACCGGGAGCAGAAAGCGCAAGACCUGGGCUACGUGGACCUGCUGGAGCAAGAGGAGCUGCAGGCUGGGAUCCUAGCAGCAAACAAGAAGGGAGAGGAGAAGCGAGCGAUGUUGCAGGCCGUGAGCCGCAUCAACGUAGCUGUGCGUCGGGGGGCACCGGCUGAAACACUGGUGGCACUGGCAGCCCCGGAGGCGCAGCUGCCUGCUGUGCAUCCGUUCGCCGCCCCGCUGUACCAGCGCGAGCUCGCCCUGCUGCAGCGGCAGCAUCCGCGGGGCGAGCUGGUGCAGGAGGAGCUCUUUGUGGCUGUGGAGAUGCUGUCUGCAGUGGCCCUGGUUAAUCAAGCCCUGGAGGCUGGAGACUCAGAUGGGCUCUGGAGCAGCCUCGUCAGCCCUGCCCUGGGCCUGUCGGAUGUGGAGGAUGCAAAUGCCCAGCGGUAUUUUGACGAUUUAGUGCAGCUGAAAGGCCAAGCGAAGAAGCCAGGGGAUGAGUUCCUGAGCUGGAACGACAUCCAGGCCACUGUGAGUGGCACCAACUCCUCUGUGCAGAAGGAGAACAGCCAAGUCCUUGCUGUGGAGCUCAUCAAUGAGGCGCUGCUGCAGGAUGACCCCAAGAAGACUUUGGAGGCCCUGCUUCUACCAGCGGCCGGCCUGGCUGGCAUUGCUCCUGUUGCUGCCAGGCGCUACCACUAUGUCCUGAGCCGGGCAAGGCGGUUGAAGGCACAGACCGUGGGGGAUGACAGGGCUGCCCUGUGGUGGGACGAGAUCCAACGCGGCAUCUGUGAGGCCAACGAGGACACAGCAGCCACCAGGAGGAUGGCCCUGGGUAUCGCAGCCAUCAACCAGGCCAUCAAGGAGGGCAAGGCGGCGCAGACAGUGCGUGUGCUGCUCAACCCCGCUGUGGCCCUGCGCGGGCUGCUGCCCGCCUGUGCCCACGCCUACCAGCAGCAGCUCUCGGACCUUGCCGCCACCAAGGCCCCCACAGGGAGCAGGAAGCCUUGCUGGGUCCGGCACAAGCUGGCGGAUGGCACUGAGUAUUUCCUGAGCCUGGAGACGUUGGAGGGCACCUGGGAGCAGCCUGUUCAGGGCACCCUCUGCACCACACACCUGAGCCGCGAGGAGAUCCAGAGCGUUGUCACCCGCGUGACGGCAGCCUACGACCGGGAGCGCCUGUGGGCGGCCAACGCCAGCUUUGUCACACGGCUGCAGGCGCGAGCCAGGGGCUUCCUCGUGCGCCAGGCAUUCGCCACCUACCGCCACGUCCUGCGCGAGCAGUGGCCAGCGGCCACCAAAAUCCAGGCAUUCUGGCGAGGCCAGCGGCAGCGCCAGGCAUACCUGGCCAGGUUGCGCUACCUGCGAGCCAACACCGACGCUGUGGUCAAGAUCCAGGCAUGCGUGAGGAUGUGGCAGGCCCGCAAGAAGUACCAGGAGAGGUUGCUCUACUUCAGGAGGAAUAUUAAAGCUGUAAUUAAAAUCCAGACUUUUGUGAGAGCUAACAAGGCCCGUGGAGAUUACAGGAUGCUGGUCCAUGCUAGGAACCCACCGCUGAGCAUCGUCCGGCGCUUCAUCCAUUUGCUGGAGCAGAGCCAGCAUGACUUCUGGGAGGAGUCGGAGCUGCUACAGCUGCAGGAGGAGGUGGUGAAGAGGAUCCGGGCCAACCGGCAACUCGAGAGCGACUUGGACCUCAUGGACAUCAAGAUUGGGCUGCUGGUGAAGAACAGGAUCACGCUGCAGGAGGUAGUCUCCCACUGCAAGAAGCUGACCAAGAAGAACAAAGAGCAGCUCUCGGAGAUGAUGGCCAUAGACAAGCAGAAGGGGCUCAAAUCUCUCAGUAAGGAGAAGCGACAGAAGCUAGAGACCUACCAGCACCUCUUCUACCUGCUACAGACCCAGCCUGGCUACCUGGCCAGACUCAUCUUCCAGAUGCCCCAGAACAAGUCCACCAAGUUCAUGGAGUCGGUCAUCUUCACUCUUUACAACUACGCGUCCAACCCACGGGAGGCCUACUUGCUGCUCCAGCUUUUCAAAGCUGCCCUGCAGGAGGAGAUCAGGUCCAAAGUGGACCACAUCCACGACAUCUUGACGGGGAACCCCACAGUGAUCCGACUGGUGGUUAGCUUCUAUCGCAACGCCCGUGGGCAGAACGCCCUGCGGCAGAUCCUGGGUGCUGCUGUGCAGGAGGUCCUGCAGGACAAGACCCUCAGCAUCCGCACCAACCCUGUGGACAUCUACAAGGCUUGGAUCAACCAGAUGGAGUCGCAGAGUGGUCAGAAAAGCAAGCUACCAUAUGAGGUCAGCCCCGAGCAGGCCCUAAGCCACCCCGAGGUCCAGAGGCGGCUGGAUAUUUCUAUCCGCAACCUCCUAGUGAUGACAGACAAGUUUGUCUCUGCCAUCAUCUCUUCAGUGGAUAAAAUCCCCUAUGGCAUGCGCUACGUGGCCAAGAUCCUGAAGACUUCUUUGGCUGAGAAAUUCCCUGAGGCUUCAGAGGAAGAGAUCUCCAAGAUCGUUGGUAACCUGCUCUACUAUCGCUUCAUGAACCCCGCGGUGGUGGCUCCGGAUGGCUUCGACAUCGUGGACAUAUCAGCGGGGGUGGCCCUCCACCCCGACCACCGCCGCAACCUGGGCUCCAUCGCCAAAGUGCUGCAGCAUGCAGCUGCCUGCAAGGCCUUCGAUGGGGAGAACGCCCACCUGAGGGUGGUGAACUGCUACCUGGAGGACACCCACAAGAAAUUCAGGGAGUUCAUUUCUGCUGCCUGUUGUGUCCCGGAGCCAGAAGAGCGCUUUAACAUGCAUGAGUACUCGGAGAUGGUGGCGGUGGCCAAGCCGGUCAUCUACAUCACAGUGGGGGAGCUCAUUAACACGCACAAGCUCCUGCUAGAGCACCAGGACUCCAUUGCACCACUUCCUGGGGACCCCCUGCAUGAACUUUUGGAAGAUCUUGAUGAAGUUCCAACAGUCCAGGUCCUUGUUGGUGAAGGUGCUCCCGACCCAGCAGACAGCACUGCAGAGCAAGCGCUCUCCCAGCUGGCCAAGGCAGAGAUCUCUCUCACUCUGACGAGUAAGCUUGUGCUGCAGGAGAACAGUGAGGAGGCUGAUGUGAAGAGCUUGCUGCUGAGCACCAAGCAAAUGCUAGUGGACGUGAUCCAGGCCCAGACAGGAGAUUCCCUUUUGGAGAUCCUGCAGACACCGGCAUCAGAGGAGGAGGAGGCUUCCCAUGCCCACCUCAUGCACAGGCGGUUGCUGAGGGAUGCCCAGACCCCUGAAAAACUGAAACGCAACCACUCGCUUGCUGGGAACAGCCAGCUCUCCAUGGAGGAGAAGAAGCGUAAGGUCAUCCGAAAUCUGCGGCGCUUGGAGAGCCUGGGCCUCGUGGAUUCCACUGAUGAGUACCAAGGGCUUGUUAACGAGAUGGCCAAGGACAUCCGCAACCAGCGGCGUUAUCGGCAGCACCGCAAAGGGGAGCUCCUGAAGCUGAGACAGAUCCUCCAAGGGUUGAACUCCAAGACCUUGUUUUAUGAAGAGCAGAUUGACUAUUACAACCAGUACAUCAAGACCUGCCUCAACAACCUGGCAGCCAGCAACAAGACCAGUGGGAAGAACAAGAAGCUACAGCCAUUGCACUACACAGCGGCCCGACUGUUCGAGAAGGGGGUGCUGCUGGAGAUUGAGGACUUGCCACUUAGCCAGUUCAGGAACGUGAUUUUUGACAUAAUCCCCUGCGAGGAAUCGGGCAAGUUCCAGGUGAAAGCCAAGUUCAUGGGCAUCGACAUGGAGAAGUUCCAGCUCCACUACCAGGACCUGCUACAGCUGCAGUAUGAGGGUGUCGCUGUCAUGAAGAUGUUUGACAAGGCCAAAGUCAAUGUCAACCUGCUCCUUUUCCUCCUCAACAAGAAGUUCUUCAAGAAGUAACUGGAGUGAG